AUGUCGACAUCCCAUUCAUAUAGCUCAAUAUCUACAUUAAAGAUACCAGUAUUCCACCCAUCUACAUCAACAUUUCCAUUGAGUAUAUCAGUAUUCCAUCUACAAACAUCAAAAUCUAAAAUAGAUAUGUUAGUAUCCCAUCCAUACAGUUCAAUAUCAAAAUUGUAUAUAUCAAUGUCACAUCCACGUGCAUCAAUAUCUUCACUACAGAUAGCAGUAUCUUAUCCCAAAAUAUCAAGACCUCCAUUUGAUAAAUCAAUAUCUCAUCCAGUUAUAACAAUACUACCCUUAAGUAUACCCAAGCCCCAUAUGGUAUCCAAGCCACAACAUUUAUUGCCUUCAGUAGAUACAUCUAUAUCACAUUUGCAUACAUCACUAUCUCCAUUGGAAAUAUCAGUAUCUCCUGCAGAAAUAACAAUGUCUCUGUCAAAUGAAUCAGUAUUCUUUUCAUAUACAUCAAUGGUCCCAAUUAAGCUUCCAAAGUUACUUUCACAUACAUCAGAAACCGCUUUAGAUAUGUCCAAAUUUUAUACAUCUGCAUCUCAAUUAUAUUUAUCAGAAUCUCAUUCACACAUGUCAGUAGUAUUAAUAGAUAUAUCUACAUCCUUCCCAUACACAUCAAUGUUUGCAUUAGGCAUGUCAGAAUCUGUAUCACCACUAGAUAUUUUUGUAUCCCCACAACAUACACCAGUAACACUUUCUCAUUUAUCACUGACUCCAUUGGGUAUAUCUUCUCCCCAAACAUUUAUGUCUCUAUCAGAUAAGUCAGUAUCUUUGCCCCAUACAUAUGUAUCUCCAUUUCAUCAACCAACACUAUAUCAGUAUACAACAACAUCUACAGUGAAUAUACUGAUAUCCCUUCUAAGCACUUCAGUAAUUCCAUUGAAUAUAUCAAUAUCACACACAAAUAUACCAAUGUAUCCAACAACUGUACCAGGAUCUCUGCCACUUACAUCAGAAUCUCUUUUGGAUACAAUGCUGCCCUCAAUGUCUCCACAUGAUAUAUUAGCUUACUUUCUACAUACAUCAAUGUCUCCAUAUGAUAUAUUAAAUCACAUUAUUUUUUCCAAGUAUUUCACCAGAAAGUUUAACAAGACAGAUAAAUUUGACAAAAUGACAACUUCUAGUAACUAUAUUAGUGAGAAAAGAGUGGAACAAGAAGUAAAUAAAACAAAACCUCUCUCUACUACAAAAAUUCAAAAUGAAACAGUAAUUCAACAAACAUCCUCAGUUUUACUCAGACUACUGAAUGGCAGUACCCCAACAGUUUGGAUUACAGAUGUGACUACUUAUAAAAUAACAAGACAACCCUCUACAAAGGAUAUACUUCAAGUAAAAGUAAGGGUUAAAAAUAUUUCACAACCUUUAUUUCUUUCAAAGGAAACAUCAAGUGUUUUGUCAACUAAACAUUUAAUUAGCAGUGAGGACAAAACCUUACCAACUUCUGAAGGUUUUGAAGUAUUUUCAACAAGACUGAUUACAGAUGAAUUUAUUGCAGAAGCAGAAGUAACCACAGAAACUGUUCUAAUGACAGAACAGCAAAAGUAUGAACCUCAUAUUUCCUCUGUCCAUGAAACUAAGAGUAUAUCUGAUCUGCAUAUCUCUGCUCAGGCACAAAAGUCGUUGGUGCAGACAAUGUCGAAAGUGAAACCAUAUGUUUCUGUUAAACCUGAUAUUUUUUAUAGCAUUUUGACAUCAACUGAUGCAAUGCAUUCAGGAGAAAUAUCAAGCAAGGAAAGAAAAAGUUCAGUUGAAGAAAUGGGCUUAAAUAUAUCAUUGCAACCAUUUAAUAUGACUUUAUACCAAGCUGAUAUCUCGACCACAACAGCUGUCACUGUAGUCACAUCAGGUUACAUUAGAACUUCACAGCAACUCAUAUUAAAAUAUUCUACAGCAAUAUAUUAUACAAAGCUCAUAAGAAGUAAAAGCUGGGAUAGAGUAACAAAGGAUCCAAUUGACAAACGUUUGCCUUCAUCUAAGCUAACUAAAAGUAUAUUUCCUAGAUUUAAUAUUACUUAUACAGAUAACACAACUUUUACAUAUGGGCUAAGAGAUAAUAUAACUUAUAUGCAUAGAAUUAGAGAUAGUAAAACUUUUACUCCAGAACUUAAAGAUAAUAGAACUUUGACAUAUGGUUAUACAGAUGGAAUUUACAAAUAUAAUAAAACACAUAGUUUUUUAGAUAGUACGAUAUCUACAAUAGAUAAAACAACUUCUAGACUUAAUGAAACAUAUAAGAUUAUAGAAACAACAACCUAUUCAUAUCAGUUGAAAGAUAAUAUUUAUAUGGUUGAUUUAUUAAAGGGAACUAUUAAAUCUACUGAUGUUUCUGUAACAGAAAUAUUCACUGUAACUUCUGAAGAUUCUACAAAAAGUAGCAUUUUAGAGUACUCCAGGGCAACUUCAAUUAAAUUAACUGGUUAUUUGUCAGAAUUCAAUAAAACUACUCAGAGGCCUAGUAGAAUAAUAUCCAGUGCAUAUUUAAUCACAGUUUCACCAUUGUAUGAUGAUUCUAGGCAGAAGGUUAGGAGAUAUGAUACACAAAGCCAAACCCAAAGGCUUAAAACCUUUGAUUAUCUUGUAUCAUUUCAGAGUGGUUAUAAUACCACUAAGCAUUUUACUUCAAAAACAAUACAUAGCUUAAGAGAUGAAAAUUCUACUACUACAUCAGAUUCAUAUUUUAUUAGCCAUUUGUUAGCAAGUACUUUAUUAAAAACAGGAUAUGCCAAAACAUCUCUACAACCUCGAUUAAGUUCUGACAUAAGAUUAUUGGAGUCAAUCCAAGAAUCAACGAAAAUGCAUUCAGAGAAUGUUUCAGCGCUUUCUUCUGCAAGGCCUGUUCCUUCAGGUUCCAGCAGGACUAGAACUUUAGUGUCAAUACCAGAGAAAACUGUAUCUUUUGAUGUAAAACUUUUAUUCAAAACAAAAUUUGAAAUCCCUGUAUCAGAAAAUCACACUUCCUCAUUUACAAAAGGUUACAGAUCAGUGCAGCAAGAACACAUCUCAGCUGAUAUCCUAUAUUCAAAUACUAUUGACUUGUUAUCAACAACUGACAAAAAUGUAACUGUUAUACCGGUGUCUUUUACAAUAGAUACUAGCUUGGAAUCAGCAGUGAUACCUACUGUUAGCCAACAUAUCACCAUCGUUUCAGCAACUUCUAAACACUAUAAUCUGACAACAAGUGGUAGUUAUACACCAAAACUCACGACUCCAUUUGUUAAAGAAACAGACAAAACAUUUUCAUCCUUUGUCGGCUAUGUCCUUAAUGGAGAUGAUGAGAUAUCUCGUCCUUUGCACCUGCCUUCUACAGUUGCUUUUGGAACUGGUUCUUAUGAUAUUUUAUAUAUUUCUACCAAUGGAUACAUAACAUUUGGGAAGAAACAGAAUUUUCCUUCACCUCAAAGAUUUCCUGAUCCUCCAAAUGCAGCUAUUAUAGCCCCAUUUUGGAGUGAUUUAGUUGUAGAUGAACCUGGUCGAGUAACGUAUAAGUUCUUUGAAAUAGGCACCAAAAAUUUCCAUGCAGCAACAAAACUGGUAAAAUCUCAUGAUGAAAAGAGCUUAUUUAAAAAGUGGAUACUCAUCAUAACCUGGGAGAAUGUCCAGCCUUCAAGUAGACUGAAGAACGUCACAGAAAUGGCUACCUUCCAGAUGGCCCUUGUACCUACACAAACAGAAAAAAGGACAUUUUUCAUCUUCAGUUAUCUCCCUGGUAUGCAAUCCUGGACAAAAACACUCGAACAUACAGAAGUAUCUAUUGGGUUCUCUGAUGGCAAUCAUAAUUAUAAACAGAAUGAGUACUCUUUUUCACUAUCUGCUCUAGAAUUAUACCAUAUAAAGGGUAAUACAGGCAAACAAGGUGUUUGGGUUGAAAAAAUUGAAAAUGACCUGGAUCUGCGAAGGCAACAGUGCAUAAAUUAUGCCCACUCUUCUGAUGACUGGACAAAUGCUCUGUCUCACACAUGUCCUUGCAUACAGACUCAAGCAAAAGCAGAUUUUCGAUUUAAAUUCAUCUCCAGAGAAAAUGGUAUUACAAAGUUUGAAAGUAUUUUCGCACAUAAUGGACUGAAAGAACAAUGUGUCUACAGCAACAGUUCUUUCGGUGAAACACUGAUUACAGACAGUCCUUUAGGAGGUUCAAUCAGUGUUCUUAACACAGAUACUCUUGAUAAACAUAUGAAGAAAUUUUGCUGUGAAGGAAUUCCAUCCUACUGCAAUCUGUACUACAGUCGGAGACCGUCAUCAACUUGUAAGAAUUAUCUUCCUCCAAAACUUGGAUGGUCAUGGGGAGAUCCCCACUUCCAUACAAUUGAUGGCAAUGAUUACACAUUCAAUGGUUGGGGAGAGUAUGAAAUGAUCUAUAUGGUGGAUGAUACUUUUCGAAUGCAAAUUCGAAUUGAAGACUCAAUUUCAACUGGAUUUGCCAUGAAAACACUGGAAUCUCCUAUCAUUGAAUUUACAAUGGUGGAUUGUAUCAAAGAUGUUCGAAUUCUGAUCAACCAGACAGAGAAAUACAGCAUGUCAUUGAUGAAUGGCAGCCUGGACAACCCAAAUUUCUUAAUCAAAAAGCAAAAUAAUUCAUUGCUUAUAACAUUCAGAAAUGGCAUAGCUGUUAAAAUUACUCCACAUCUUGAAAUACUAACAGGAAUUGUCAGCAUACCCAGUGAAAUCAAUGAUGUAACAUAUGGCUUGCUUGGGUUUGCAAAUAACAAUAUAACAGAUGACUUUCUUGGGCGUAAUGGUCAAAUGUGGCCCACAAACAGCUCUGACAGACAACUUUUUGAAUUCGGAGAAACAUGGAGGGUGAGAGUAAAUGAAUCUUUAUUUACUUACACUAAAAAAAGAACAUUUAGUUCUUACCACAACCUAAGCUUUGUGCCACGAUUUUUUGAUGAGAUGAAUUUGACAUUGCUGUUUUCUGGAAAUACUGCUUUAUUAGAAGAAACUAUGCAGCAAUGUUCAAAUUACUCCUUUUAUGAGGCCUGCCUCCAAGAUUCUGCAAAAAUGCAAGAUGUCCAAGCAGCCAUCCAAGGUGCAGAGAUGCAUACAGAGGCACUAAGUCUUCAGAAAUAUUUCGGUGUUAAAACCUUACACCCAAGAUUAGGUGGUCCAUUGUUUCUAUCCCAUCGUUGCAGUAUCGGCACUCUGGAUCUACACCAUCUUUCAUCACAUUGGCUUGAUACUUCUGGGUCAAUAAACUCUGAUCUUGAGCAGCAAAGAUAA